CUGCGCCUUUAAGAGCAGUGCGUUGUGGUUAUUCCUCGGCGCACCUUCUGCUCCAUCCGGCUCCAUCACCAGACGAUGCGCCCCUGUGACUUCUCAGAGCAACGAACCUGCAGCACACAUAACAGACCCUUAACAACAACGGUCAUCUUCUUAUGGCAAUGGAUCCUGUGUGACUGUUUCAACACCAUCCUGCCCAGCUGGCCUUUCUAACUCUGUAGCUAUGGCAACUUGUCCCAGAGGCUGCACCCCAGCGGUGCGCCUUUGUCAGAGACUGAACCGACUCAAGACACUGGAAGAUGACAUGAUGGCCACAUCGCUGAAACGCUGCCUCUCCACGCUGGACCUGACUCUGUUGGGAGUCGGUGGUAUGGUGGGCUCUGGACUUUAUGUCCUGACAGGAACAGUUGCUAAAGACAUGGUUGGGCCCGCUGUCAUCAUAUCCUUCAUUUUUGCAGGAAUUGCUUCUCUACUGGCCGCCUUUUGUUAUGCAGAGUUUGGAGCCCGCAUUCCCAAAACGGGAUCUGCUUAUAUGUUUACCUAUGUCUCUGUGGGAGAGAUCUGGGCCUUUCUGAUUGGUUGGAAUGUGAUUCUGGAGAACAUGAUUGGGGGUGCUGCUGUGGCACGCGCCUGGAGUGGCUACCUGGACUCCAUUUUUAACCACUCUAUCCAGAACUUUACAGAGACACACAUCAUGCAGUGGAAUGUGCCCUUCCUUGCCCAUUACCCUGACCUCCUCGCAGCAGGGAUUCUAGUAGUUGCCUCGUUCUUCAUUUCCUUUGGAGUUCAAGUGUCCUCUUACCUCAACCAUAUAUUCUCCGUUGUUAGCAUGGGGGUCAUCCUUUUCAUCCUGGUCUUUGGCUUUAUACUGGCUGAACCAGCCAACUGGAGCCAGAAAGAAGGAGGUUUUGCACCUUUCGGGCUAUCUGGAAUACUGGCGGGCUCGGCCACGUGCUUUUACGCAUUUGUGGGCUUUGAUGUAAUUGCAUCGUCAAGUGAGGAGGCAAAGAACCCACAGAAAGCUGUUCCCAUUGCCACUGCCAUCUCCCUUGGAUUGGCAGCGACAGCUUACAUCCUGGUCUCCACGGUGCUCACACUAAUGGUACCCUGGCAUUCACUGGACCCAAACUCAGCUCUGGCAGAUGCUUUCUUCCGCCGGGGUUACAGUUGGGCUGGAGUCAUCGUGGCAAUUGGUUCCAUUUGUGCCAUGAACACCGUGCUGCUCUGUAAUCUCUUCUCCCUCCCUCGGAUUGUGUACGCCAUGGCAGAGGAUGGGUUGUUCUUUCAUUUUUUCGCACGGGUCAAUCCCAUCACCAAAGUCCCUGUCAAUGCUAUAUUGGUAUUUGGUAUCCUCAUGGCCAUCAUGGCUCUCAUCUUUGACCUGGAGGCCUUGGUUCAGUUCCUGUCCAUCGGCACCCUCCUGGCGUACAGCUUCGUGGCAGCGAGUGUUAUUGUGCUGCGCUUUCAGCCUGACAAAUCCAGCUCCAAGGGAACCGUUACCACGUCUCCCAACCCUAAUGCUGAGCCUUCCCCUGCCCCCUCAGAGUCUCAGACCAUAACCGAGGACAGCGGGGAGCUGAAGCAGUAUGAAUCCUUCUCUGACAAACUCCAGUUGGUCGAGAGACAGGAGUCGAGAGAGCGGCGCGGGGUGGGGCAGCUUAGGGCCUACUGGGAACCCUACCUGGGCAAGCUGCUGGGGGACUGUGAGCCGGGCGAGGUGGUGGCCUUCUGCGUGCUGACUCUGAUAGUGAGCUCAGUCUCCCUCUGUGUCGUGCUGGAGUUUGGAACCAAACAGCUGCAGCUGCCGAUCUGGAGCUUCACAGUUCUGCUUGUGAUUUUUAUCUCAGCACUCGUUCUCAGCCUGGGGCUCAUAUGGAUUCACGAGCCGCGAACCGACAGUAAAACAUUCCAAGUACCUUUGGUUCCUUUGACUCCAGCUGCCAGUAUCCUCAUUAAUGUAUUCCUCAUGAUGAAGCUCAGCUAUCUGACCUGGAUUCGAUUCUCCGUGUGGAUCGCCAUAGGUCUCUUUGUGUACUUUGGCUAUGGGAUCUGGCACAGUAAGGAGGGCAUGCGGGCGCUGCAGCCCAAAGACAUGGCCGCCCGCUACGUGGUGCUACCCAGCGGCAGCCUGGUAGAGACAGUGCAAUCUGUCCAGCCCGAUGGACAAGUGGACACCUCUGCGCCGCACAUCACCCCUUCCACUGCCUCCACAGAAGAAGAGUACGCAGGAAAGAGAUGAUGGGUGACCAAACACAGUCAUAACUACUGCCUGCCUGGUAUUGUGAGUUGUCUCAUACCCUCUACUAUUACUGGUGUUCUCUCUGUAGCUUACUCCCUUUUAGCGUGUGACUGGCCUGCCACAGUCUGUACUAGUUGCUCUGCAAAUGUAAGCACACCACAGUCUGGGAUGCACGCUGUCUGUCUCAUUGUGAAGCAUAUUUGUAUAUCUUGUAAUACUCGAAUGUACAGUAGAGAGCUUUAUAUCUGUCCUGUUAACUCCUAGCAUCAAAGUUGUGUCAUAUCCUUUAAAGACCUGUUUUUUCUUGCAGAAUCCACAUGGUUAUAGGUUAUAUACAUAUAUAUAUAUGGUGCUUUUUUGUGACAAACUUUUAGUUAAUUAUACUCAGUGGAUGAUUUAUUUUAAAUGCUAUCACGGAUCCAAAGCGGGAAAAUCAACAUUAACCAAAACGGUCAAUUCUGAAGACAUCAUUAUACAGAGCAUUCAUAUGUUGCAUUUUUGUUGUAUUAGCUAAGAAGAGGAAUGCACAGACCUAUGUGAGUUUCCAUUUUUUGCCUUUUUCUCACAUUUUUCUCCCCAAAGCCUCAGGAGAAACUACAUGCUCUAAUCAUUGGUCCAUCUCCAUCUUUCAUAGACUUCCCUAAAUGCCCUAAUUAUUUAAUCUCAUAUUCUAUAGAUAUGUAUUUAUUUUUCUAUUACUACUAUAGUUUUUUUUUUUUUUUUACAAAUCUCAUUAUCUUAUCUUUCUUUUUCCUGUUUUUAUUUGUCAAAGAUUUUGUGUUUUAUAUGUUUUGCAUGUACCUCUAUUAGUCUCCAUCAGUCAUUUGUGUUCACCUUUUAAGUGGCCGACAACACUUCAGUGCUUCACUUAAUCUCCUAAAUCUCAUCCUGUGACCCUGUUCUUUUUUUUGUCACAGAUCUUGCUCUUGUGCAUUCUUUUCUCACACACAUUUAGAAAGCAGCUCUCUCUCCGUCUCUCCCCGUUCGUGAGAGAGUAGAAAUCAAAGCACAUAGAUGAUUGAGCUUUUAUUUUAUUGUGGUUUCCCUGGAUAACCGGAGAGAUAAUUAGAUUAUUGGAUAUAAAAGGCAAGCACAAAUCUACUCAAUGGGAAUCUUCGCACACAGGGUAGAAUAUUGUGUGGACAGGCAGACUUUGGUUACGUUAAACAUGGGAUGGGCUUGAUGUCUCUGAGGCCUCCGUAAUCCCAGCAGAUUUGCUUUAGUCCCUGUCGCCAGUCUGCAGUUUGACCUAGAUUAGAGAGAGACACACAUGUGAGAACACUUAUAUUACACAGGUAACAUUCCCACAGCCUACACUUGUAAACAACCAAUACCAAUACGUUUAAUACAUAGGUAAGGUUUUUAUUCAUAUCAGUUUGUGAUUGCAUGUGAAACCGAUGGCCUUAAACAUGUUGUAAUCAAUGCAGACUGAUUUCCAAAGUUUAAGUAAUCAGUCUUAGUGACUUAGUUGUUCUGUUUAAUAAAAAACUCAUACACAGGACUUCAUACUUUAUAAUUAUUAAACCAAAACACCAACAUUGAAGAGAAUGUACAGCAGUAGGCAUUUUGGCACAAUUUUAGAGAUUUUUGUACAACUUUGCACU